CUCAUAUACUUGACUAAUUUGAUCAUCCAAGUCUUCACCCGCAGGAUAAUAACUGAAACCUCUAACGUAUCCUCCUACUCUGAAGUUGGACACAUUCAAAGAAGCGGAUUUAAUUUCUUGCCCUCGGCCCCAUCCUUAGCAGCAACAAUUAUUAUUAUUUAUUGGAAUCUUGGCGUGUAUGUAUAUUUCAACAUCUUUCUUUCUGUUACAGUGCUAGCUACUGCUAGAAGAAGAGAAGGGUCUUAUGGGAAAACAAUGCUGCAGGGUGAGUGGUUCCAAGUGUGAACGACGACUCCAUUUCAUAUUUACUGUUUUUGAACUUACACAGUCGACGCCCUUGUCCCUACCGACCACAGUGAUCCAUCACUCUCGUCCUCUUUUUUCUUUUUUUAUUUGAGUUUCUAUUCAUGUCUUUGUUCUAUUUCUUUUUAUCCCCAUAUUCUUCGCUUUCCACAAUCCUUUAUUCAUCUCUCUCGCUCGCUUGCUCGCUCUGCCCACUUACAUUAUACAUACACAGAAACACACAAACAUCACUGGUUUCUAACUGACCCAUCUGGACAGAGACAGACAGAAACAAACGGGACUCCAUCACUAAUUUAUUUCCACGUACUCUUCUCCUUCUUCUUCUUCUUCCACAAAAACCAUCACAUAAUCCCGGGACUGUGUAAGAGCGACAUACUCUUUUGACGUGAGUGAUUAAGCAGUGAAGAAAAAGUAGCAGAAACAACAUCAAUGGAGGACAGAGCAGAUAUGGAGCUGGUGUCGAUACCAGCAACUCCUCGGGUAUCGACGCCGGAGAUACUCACCCCAUCGGGGCAGAGAUCCCCCAGGCCGGCCUCCAAGGAGGGAAAGUUGUCGACGGCGUGGACCCCAACGUCGUUGAUAUCGCCGAGGUUCUUGAGCCCGCUUGGGACGCCGAUGAAGAGGGUGCUCGUAAACAUGAAAGGGUACCUGGAAGAGGUGGGCCACCUCACCAAGCUCAACCCACAGGACGCAUGGCUCCCCAUCACAGAGUCUCGCAACGGAAAUGCUCAUUACGCCGCUUUUCACAACCUUAACGCCGGUGUUGGGUUUCAGGCUCUUGUUUUACCUGUCGCCUUUGCUUUCCUCGGCUGGAGUUGGGGGAUAAUAUCCCUGACCAUAGCCUACUUCUGGCAACUUUACACUCUGUGGAUUCUAGUCCAGCUGCACGAGGCAGUUCCUGGGAAGAGAUACAACAGAUAUGUAGAGCUUGCACAAGCAGCAUUUGGGGAAAGGUUAGGUGUGUGGCUUGCUCUUUUUCCAACAGUUUACCUAUCGGCAGGGACUGCAACAGCUUUGAUUCUCACAGGAGGGGAGACCAUGAAGCUAUUCUUCCAGAUAGUCUGUGGACCCCUCUGUUCAUCAAAUCCUUUAACAACCGUAGAGUGGUACCUGGUAUUCACUUCUUUAUGCAUUGUUUUGUCUCAGCUUCCAAAUCUCAACUCAAUUGCUGGGCUUUCUCUCAUAGGGGCUGUAACAGCCAUCACUUACUCCACCAUGGUGUGGGUCCUCUCUGUUAGUCAACCAAGGCCAUCCUCAAUCUCAUAUCAGCCCCUUGCAUCUCCUUCAUUUUCUGCCUCAGUCUUUUCAAUCAUGAAUGCACUUGGAAUCAUAGCUUUUGCUUUCAGGGGUCACAAUCUUGCAUUGGAGAUUCAGGCGACAAUGCCAUCAACAUUUAAACACCCAGCUCAUGUGCCAAUGUGGAGGGGAGCUAAGGUUGCCUAUUUUUUCAUUGCGAUGUGCUUGUUUCCCGUUGCAAUUGGAGGUUUUUGGGCAUAUGGGAACCUUAUGCCAUCAGGAGGGAUUCUGGGUGCCUUGUAUGCAUUUCAUAAUCAUGACAUUCCACGAGGACUUCUUGCAACAACUUUCCUCUUAGUUGUGUUCAAUUGCCUGAGUAGCUUCCAGAUAUACUCCAUGCCUGUUUUUGACAGUUUCGAAGCAGGGUACACAGGCCGUACCAACCGUCCUUGCUCAAUUUGGGUGCGAUCAGGUUUCCGAGUUUUCUAUGGAUUCAUCUCUUUUUUCAUUGGAGUGGCACUCCCUUUCCUUUCCAGCCUUGCUGGUCUGUUGGGAGGACUUACUCUCCCUGUCACCUUUGCUUACCCUUGCUUCAUGUGGGUUCUCAUAAAGAAACCCCAAAAGUUCAGCUUUAAUUGGUACUUCAAUUGGACACUUGGGUGGCUAGGAAUUGCUUUCAGCUUAGCUUUAAGUAUUGGGGGUGUUUGGAGUAUCGUGAACAAUGGGCUUAAGUUCAAGUUCUUUAAACCGAAUUGAGGCAUUGUAAACUUGUGAUAGUGGUACCUAAGAAGUGAGCCUCAGUGUAUGUAAUUACAAUCUUUUGUUUUUUCUAUUACUGGUUUGAUGAAUGUGAAAUUCAAAUGAAUCCAGUUCAGGGCUCAUUAAAUGCUUUUGUAAUGUACUCUGCUAAUGGUCUUUCUGGUAGUUUACAGCAGG